AGAAGCCACCGCCACAGGGAGCCUAAAUAAGCCGCGUCUGACAGGUGCCGUCGCUCGGCUCGGCGGGGAGAAGAUGCCGCCCGUCCAAAGGACCGUGUCCGAUCUCCGCUCCCGUGUGGAGGGGUACGAGAAAACAGAAGACACGUCAGAGAAGACAUCCUUAGCUGACCAAGAUGACGCCCGCCUGAUAUUCCUCAAUCAGCCACAGUACACCAAGUUUUGCAGUAAUCGAGUCAGCACAGCAAAGUAUAACUUCCUCACCUUCCUUCCUCGGUUCCUGUAUUCGCAAUUCAGAAGGGCGGCCAACUCCUUUUUCCUCUUUAUUGCACUGCUGCAGCAAAUCCCAGAUGUGUCUCCAACUGGACGCUGGACUACCCUGGUGCCUCUGCUUUUCAUUUUGGUGGUCGCUGCUGUCAAGGAGGUCAUUGAGGACCUGAAACGCCACAAAGCGGACAAUGUUGUCAACAAAAAGGAAUGUCAAGUUUUGCGGAAUGGUGCCUGGGAGAUUGUGCACUGGGAGAAGGUGGCUGUUGGGGAAGUAGUCAGAGCGGCCAAUGGGGAUCACCUCCCAGCUGACCUCGUCAUUCUGUCUUCCAGUGAACCACAGGGUAUGUGCUACAUUGAGACAUCAAACUUGGAUGGAGAAACAAACCUUAAAAUCAGACAGGGUCUCCAGAUAACCUCAGAGAUUAAGGACAUCGACAGCCUGAUGCGUGUCUCUGGGCGCAUGGAGUGCGAGAGCCCUAACCGCCACCUCUACGAGUUUGUGGGGAAUAUUCGAUUGGAUGGACAUAGCACAGUGCCGCUUGGCCCAGACCAGAUCUUACUCCGAGGAGCCCAGUUAAGGAACACCCAGUGGGUCCAUGGUAUUGUCGUCUAUACAGGACAUGACACCAAGCUCAUGCAGAAUUCCACCCGACCUCCUCUGAAGCUGUCCAACGUGGAGCGCAUCACCAACUUCCAGAUCCUUGUGCUGUUUGGCUGCCUGCUGGCCAUCUCUCUUGUCUGCUCCAUCGGACAAACCAUCUGGAAGUACCAGUAUGGCAACGCCGCCUGGUACAUGGAUCUCAACUAUGGCGGGGCAGCUAACUUUGGCCUCAACUUCCUCACCUUCAUCAUCCUCUUCAACAACCUGAUCCCAAUCAGUCUCCUGGUCACUCUCGAGGUCAUCAAGUUCAUCCAGGCCUUUUUUAUCAACUGGGACACAGAUAUGCUCUAUGAGCCUACCAACACACCUGCCAUGGCUCGCACCUCCAACCUGAAUGAAGAAUUAGGCCAGGUGAAAUACAUUUUCUCUGACAAGACAGGGACCCUGACCUGCAACGUAAUGCAGUUUAAGAAGUGUACCAUAGCUGGCGUAGCCUACGGCCACGUCCCUGAGGCUGAGGAGGGUAGUUUUGCAGAGGACGACUGGCACAGCACACAGUCAUCAGAAGAGGCUGGGUUUAAUGACCCGAGCUUACUGGAAAACCUUCAGAGUAAUCACCCUACAGCUGCAAUCAUCCAGGAGUUCAUGACCAUGAUGGCCAUCUGUCACACUGCGGUCCCUGAGCGCACCGAUGGCAAAAUCACCUACCAGGCUGCCUCCCCAGAUGAGGGAGCUCUGGUGAGAGCUGCUCGGAACUUGGGCUUUGUUUUCUCAGGCAGAACCCCAGACAGUGUCAUCAUGGAAUUGCUUGGCAGAGAAGAGAAGUAUGAGCUGCUUCAUGUGCUGGAGUUCACAAGUUCAAGAAAGAGGAUGUCAGUCAUCAUGCGUACUCCAUCUGGAAAGAUCCGCCUCUACUGCAAAGGAGCUGACACAGUAAUCUAUGACCGUCUGGCCGACAGCUCCAGGUACAAAGAAAUCACACUGAAGCACCUGGAGCAGUUUGCUACUGAGGGGCUGCGUACUCUGUGCUUUUCCGUGGCAGACAUCAGCGAGUCGUCCUAUCAGCAGUGGCAGGAGGUCCACCACAGGGCCUGCACCUCCCUGCAAAACAGGGCCCUCAAAAUGGAGGAGAGCUAUGAACUCAUAGAGAAGAACCUGCAACUCCUGGGUGCCACAGCGAUAGAGGACAAGCUCCAGGAUAGAGUGCCUGAGACCAUUGAGACUCUAAUGAAGGCUGACAUUAAGAUCUGGAUCCUGACAGGAGACAAGCAGGAAACUGCCAUCAAUAUUGGUCAUUCUUGCAAACUCCUGACCAAGAACAUGGGCAUGUUGGUGAUUAAUGAAGACACUCUCGAUGGGACGAGGGAAACUCUCAGCCAUCACUGUGGAAUGCUGGGAGAUGCCCUUUACAAGGAGAAUGAUUUUGCCCUCAUCAUCGAUGGAAAGACUCUGAAAUAUGCCCUCACAUUUGGAGCGCGACAGUACUUCCUGGAUCUGGCUUUGUCCUGUAAAGCUGUCAUAUGUUGCAGAGUAUCUCCACUUCAGAAAUCAGAGGUGGUGGAAAUGGUAAAGAAACAGGUGAAGGUUAUCACCCUGGCCAUUGGCGAUGGUGCCAACGAUGUGGGCAUGAUCCAGACAGCUCAUGUUGGGGUGGGAAUCUCAGGCAAUGAGGGCUUGCAAGCAGCAAACUCCUCAGACUACUCUAUUGCCCAAUUCAAAUACUUGAAGAAUCUGCUGCUGGUCCAUGGGGCCUGGAAUUACAACCGUGUAGCCAAGUGUAUCCUGUACUGCUUCUACAAGAAUAUUGUCCUCUAUAUCAUUGAGAUCUGGUUUGCAUUCGUCAAUGGCUUCUCUGGCCAGAUCCUGUUUGAGCGCUGGUGCAUUGGUCUGUACAAUGUGAUCUUCACUGCUCUGCCUCCUCUCACUUUGGGCAUAUUUGAGCGUUCCUGCAGGAAAGAGAACAUGUUGAAGUACCCAGAACUCUACAAAACCUCUCAGAAUGCCAUGGGUUUCAAUACUAAGGUCUUCUGGGCCCAUUGUCUGAAUGGUCUCUUCCACUCCGUCAUCCUCUUCUGGUUCCCCCUCAAAGCCUUCCAGCACGAUACUGUUUUUGGAAAUGGAAAGACCCCUGACUAUCUCCUCUUGGGCAACAUGGUUUAUACAUUUGUGGUCAUCACUGUUUGUCUUAAAGCUGGCCUUGAGACCUCUUCCUGGACGACGUUUAGUCACAUCGCCAUCUGGGGCAGCAUUGGCCUCUGGGUGGUGUUCUUCAGUAUCUACUCCUCCCUGUGGCCCCUCAUUCCUCUGGCUCCCGACAUGUCAGGAGAGGCGGACAUGAUGUUCAGCUCAGGGGUAUUCUGGAUGGGCCUGUUCUUCAUCCCAGUCACUUCGCUGGUCUUCGACGUUGCCUACAAAGUGAUAAAAAAAGUGUGUUUCAAGACGCUGGUCGAUGAGGUGCAAGAGCUUGAAGCCUUAUCCAAAGACCCUGGAGCUGUUGUGCAUGGUAAAAGUUUGACGGAAAGGGCCCAGCUUCUGAAAAACGUCUUUAAGAAGAGCACAGUCAGCCUGUACCGGUCAGACUCCAUGCAGCAGAACCUGCUCCAUGGCUAUGCCUUCUCUCAGGACGAGAAUGGCGUGGUUUCCCAGUCUGAGGUUAUCAGAGCCUACGACACCACCAAACAGAGGACCAACGAGUGGUGAGGCCCCGCCCCUUGCAGCCUGGCCGGCCUAUCUGGAGCCACAACAGCCGUUUCCAAUGGCAAUUUGAAGCUGAUAAGGGGAAGUUGUGGUGCGAGAUUAUGUCUUCAGCCUAUGGGGAUGUGAGGGUAUGAAAAUGAAAUGGACAGGAGAGCGAUGUCUUGUACAACUUCAAAAAGGGAAAAACAUAUAAGGAACAAAAAAAGUGUUGAAAAAGUAUUCACUACGCUGUAGUUGUGUGUCCAGCAGACACGAGGAGCACUGUGCUAGCAUUUAUUUAGCGGAGUCUGUGGUCUGAAGUUCCUCACUGCUCUAGUUCGGUUGGUCAGUCGACCAUCUAUUCCCUGCUUAGGUAAGGGAUGAGAUUAUUAGCACUGAGCCAAAAACAAAAGUUUAACAAAUUUUAAUUAAUUUAAAUCAAUUUCAGAUGGUACUGUAACUGUACUGUAUAACUGUAAAUCAAUUAAGUUUUAGGGCAAACAAUGUAUUUGAAUUUAACAAUAGAUUGCCAAAGAGCAGUCGUAUAUACAAUCUUUUCCAAAUACUUGCAAAAUCAGAAAAUUUUAAAACCAAACUUUUUCACAUUCUUGGGUGUA